AUGACGCUCGUCUGUGGGCGUAGGAAAACCUUCGCCUUUAAACACAUGGCCGAGGAACUUUACUGUUCGGUUAAUGGCCCCAGGGAGACCCUCGUAAAAAGCAGGCCAUCCGCAGCCAGAGUUAAACUUAGUGGUCGACUUGUACAGUGGAGUACCACAUCCCGCACAUUUGUAAAUGCCCUCCUCAUAGAACUUGUUCACGGCCCGCCAUUCCUCCUCCGACUUCUGCACCGACCCGGGCGCGGCCAUGGCCACAACUCCACCUCGGAAGCUCCUUCUACUCCGAUCAAGAGACGAGCCGCGAGAACCACACGACAAUUUGUUGCCGUGACCGGAGGAUGCGAUGGAUGCGCAACUUCGGGAUUUAGGGAUGAGGUUGAUUGGGUCUUUCAGGAAUCUCGAGAGCGUGGGGAGGACGACGACAGACGUUCUAGAAGCUGCAAAUGGUGA